AUGGCCCCAUUUCGCAACUUCCUCGGUCGAAAAUCCCAGCCCAAUGCCGGGGAGACGGACGGCUUCGAGAACAACGAGAACAACCUGCCCAGUCAGCUCGAGCGUCCUGGUCCCACUCCAAUCGAGGUACGAGGGAGCCAUGAUGGCAUGCCCCCGGAAUACAAAUUGAGCGUCGUAAAUGACAGCGGCGUCUAUCUUCCACCCUCGCCCCCGGAAAAGCAGAGUUUCUGGUCCCGCUACCCCGGCUCAACUCGGUCGUCGAAUCAUCGCAAUCUAGUGGAUGAGAACGAACCAUUCUCAAUAUCGCGCGAAUCCUUCGACUCUUACCGCCGGUCUUUUGACAUCUCCGCCCGCGCCCCAGUGUCACACCCCGAUGCCGUUCCAACCCGCGCCUCCCUCGACUCCCGCUUCUGCCGAGUCACAUCGCCUGGCAUGCGACCCACAAGCUUCGAGAAGCCCGACCCAAUGAAAGAAGAAGUAUUCGAAGAAGUUGGUCUCAAUGACGAGGCGAAGCCUAAGAAAAAGAGCAUUUUCUCCCGGUUCGGUGAUUCUAGCGAUGCGCCAUCAUCCGGCAAGUCUACUCCCUUUGGAUUUCACAUGCCCGGCAGGAAGCGAGGGCAAAGCGGUGGAGGGUCAGAAAUGAGCCCUAUGCCGACACCAGCGCCAAUGACGGCAUCUGCGUCAGAGACUAAUGGCGAAUGA